GGGGUCAGGAACGAGUGAAGGACACAGUGUACACCUGGUGAAUUGAUCGAGAGAUGGACUAAGUGGAGUACUAUACUCCCCAUGCCAUCAGCACUCAAUGAAUACUCAUGACCAUAAAUCAACGAUACUUGCUAUGUUGUCUUCUUACUGUUUAAAUGGAUCAUAUGUGAAAUCAACCAGUGUGAAAUAUACAUGACAUUAAACAGCAAUUAUAAAAGCAUUCCUAUGGAUUCUGUUAUUGACCAGUUCCAUGGAGGAUAUAAGAGGGCUUGUGAUGCAGCAUAACAGAACAGGUGUUAUUUGCCCUGAAAUGUAUUUAAUCUGAAAAGUUGAUGGAUAUAUCUGAAAUUGAUGAUGAAAUAUAUUUGAAAGAUAUUUUACUGCUUAAACCACGGAACUGGUAAAUAUAAUCUGUCUCGUGAUAUGACUGGAAAGGAAGGAUCUGAUGCAACAGGAAAUAGGUUGCCUAGAACAAUGGACUUAAGCGUCACUGUCUUAUAGUAAAGGAUGCAUGUGACCCCAUGAUAUUGACAUGAUAUGUACGAGUAUAUAUACAAUGGUGGAGGGAUGUAUACGGAGUCCUAUAUACACUCAGUAGAUAUAUACAUGUGAUAGACAGAUGGAAACAACAUGUCAAUCAUGUGCUGACAGCCUAUCACAAGACAGUUAAUACUGGAAUUAAAAUUGAUUUAUCCAAUCAGUUUGUAACAAUUGGGAAGUGAUUACAUAUGAAAAAUGGAUGGGCAGCUGGACAAACUGUGAAAGUGACGUGACCAAUAAGGAAAAAAACACCUGUACAUAAAUCUGUCCUAUCUAAUGACACUAAUUUCAAGUGAAAAAUGUUUUAUGGCGUUCUAUGAUACGUAUGUAUGUCAUUUAGACCCACAGACCCUCCUCGCAGACCCUCUGUUCGGUUUGUCCCUGCGAUGGCCAAUGAAAGUGAUGUAUUCCAAGACACCAGUCAUGAGACAGACACAAACAACCCACCUUUUUUGGUGUCAAAUAUAGAUGACUUUUUUCAAAUAUUGAUCAGGUGCACAGAGCUAGGCUUCACAUGUGCAUCUUAUCUUUUGUGAGAUGUAUAUAAAUGUAUUAGUAAAAUGUAGUUAAUUCAGUUUUUCACCCUGAUGUGCUUGUGACAAUUGUAGAGCUUCCUUGUUGAGCUUCAGGAAAUCAGUUUAACUCACAAGCACAGUUUGUAUCGUCGGUUUCAUUGGAGAAUCGUUGACAGUGUUAGACUGACUGAAAUGGGUGAGAGAUUGAAACCCAUAAGCUUGAUGAAUCUGGUUAAAUCCAACCCCCAGCGAUACAACCGGAUUACCCCGACGAGGCAUCCCAACCAAAGAAUUUGGUUGAACUACGCUGACCAGCCGGGACAGAGCAGAUAUCCACUGUUCCGAGGACAAACAGCAGGUCCGACAGCCGGACGGCCAGAUUAUUAUAGAGAUAGUAUCAUGCCUGACUCUCCGGAAUCAAAAGGUGUGACGCAAACAACAAGUUCACCAGCCGUCAGCUCCAUGGCAUCCAUUCCGCCAAUCACAAGGCCAAUAUCUAGUGGUAGCACCGCAUCAGGCUUGAACGGUUCUCAUUCACCCCUGAGUAGCAUCAACGGUCGCACACCAUCGCCACCAUCGAUGACCAAUUCCUCCAUGUGCCAGCAGCUCCCCCCUGCCUGCGGUGCCAGACAGCUCAGCAAGUUGAAGCGGUUCCUCACAACACUGCAGCAGUUUGGUUCCGAUAUCUCCCCAGAGAUUGGCGAGAGAGUGCGCAUGUUGGUCCUUGGACUUGUGAACUCCCAUCUUUCCAUUGAAGAAUUCCAUGCGAAAUUGCAGGAAGCGACAAACUUUCCCCUCAGACCCUUCGUUAUUCCAUUUCUCAAGGCUAACCUGCCUCUCCUCCAGAGGGAGCUGCUCCACUGUGCACGGAUGGCAAAGACCACACCUCAACAAUAUCUCGCUCAGAAUGAACACAUUGUGUUUGAUCCAGCUCACUCCCCUCUAGAAUCCACAGACUCCAUCGCCUCCGACAUGAAUGAAAAUGGCAAACGCAGAUCACCAGACAGACCCAAAGAAAAUGGUGUGGAUGCAUCUCACAUGGACUCAAUGCACCCAGCCAAGAGACACCACCCCAUGAGUCCCAUGGGGGGUAGUCGGAUCAGCCCCAACGGGUCCCUCAACCUCAACACAGGGGGACCAAUCAGGCUGGAGGACAUCAGCAUAUCACGGGAAAUUCGCGAGCGAGAACGCAUUGAGAGGGAACGCAUGGACAGAGAACGCAUGGAGCGAGAGAGGGAAAGAGACAGACACUACACAGGAUAUGCUGGUUACCAAAGAAACGAGCCAUUUGACCCAUUGGAACGUCUUGAUGAUGACUGGAGACAUGUAGAAACUAUGCUCAACUGUAUCAUUGGGAUGGUGGAUAAGACGAAGAGGGCGCUGUCAGUGCUUCAGGAGAGGAGUUUGCGCGACCGCGAGGAACUCUCUGUGUGGAUGCGGCGCCAUGCAGAGGGUAUGGACCAGGAUGUGAAGAAACGUACAAGUGACAUGAUGGCAUACACAAUGAGGCAGACAGAGGACCGGGUCACUGAGGUCAGGCGUAGGGCAGAAGAAGCUGUGAAUGAGGUCAAGAGACAAGCAAUGCUGGAACUGCAAAAAGCUGUGACAACAGCUGAACAAAAGGCCACUGAGAUGGUUACUAUUGAACGAACCAAGAUGGAUCGUCAGUUGUCAGAUGUUAAAAAAAAGACCCAAGAGGAAGUUGCAGCCACCAUCAACCACCAGGAGGAGAGCAGCGAGAGUUGCUGGAACUGUGGUCGUAAGGCCAGCGAAACAUGCAGCGGCUGCAACAUCGCCCGCUACUGCGGCUCAUUCUGUCAGCACAAAGAUUGGGAGAGUCAUCAUCAUGUCUGUGGAAAAAGCCCAAGUGGUCAGCAUUGCUGAAGCCCGCGACCAGAGGAAGGCGAGUAAUCGAGAACGGGGCGACGGCCCACCUGGCAAGAUCCCAGACAUGGAAUCAACACCCACACCUAAGAGCCCUCAACAGCCCGAACCCAGCCCAACUGCAUCUGUGACGUCUGUUGCAUCAGCAGCUUCGGCAGCUAACUCUCUGUCAGGGUCAAGAUCAAGCACGCCGGCAGAAAACCGCUCAUCGGACGCAACCCGAUAGAUUGCUCACUAUUGUUGGUUGGACUAAGAUAUUGUGUAUUAUCUGUCGUGUGACGACCGCCUUCAGUACCACAUUGUUGUUCCUGUGCGUGUUGGCGUCGGUUUCACGCCAGCGUUCCCUGUGUACUGGAGACUGACGUUACGUACUAUCAGCUAUGUAUUAUCGGACAGUAUGACUGUGAAUGCAAUGUGUGUAUUGUUCACGCUUCACGUGACCUGUCUGUGCACGAAGAAGGGACUUCACAACUCACCUGACAGCCAUCAGGAGAAAUCCCCAUUCUGUGGCCAAGGAUACACUGACAUUACUUCCUAGACUUCAGGGUAACAUAUUGAUCUCAAAGUGAAACGAGACGGUAUCGUGCUAUGUCUGUCUCAACGUGAAGUGUACGAGAUGGAUCGGAGGGCUGUUCUCAAGUUUCUCUAGUCAGAAUGGGAGAGGGAAAGGAUGGUGCUGCCAAUGUCUAUUCGAAUGUACAUUUUCAUGAUUAUGUUGAUUACCAUGAUAAGUAAUCAGUAAUCACAAGUAAUGACAUAUAAUCAGUAUAUACAUUUCCCGUUAGAAAGGAAAUGUGGAGAUUGACUCUGAGGCAUUACAGAUACUGUGAGGUUGAGGCACAUCCCAUAAUUCCCUGUCCCACCACAGCCUACUCCUGAGAUUAUCGUUAUGGUAACAGAAUCUCGUUUCCUCUAGUCCCUGUCUCCGAUAACCGUCAUUCCCAGACGUGUAUAUCGCCCAAUGUGCAAUCAUUCAAUCCCAUGAGAUUUAAGGCUUUAAUUUUCAUAACCCACAGGUGAUAUUGUAUUAUUUUUUUGUGCAUUUGUUAAAUGGUAUUUUGGGAAAAAAGACUGACCUUAUCUUUUCCUGUUUUUUUUUUCUACCCAGGAACUAACCACAGGUGUUUGCAGAUAGAGCAUCUACUGCAUCAGAUAAUCUGAUGAUUUCUAAUACUUCCUGGGGGAUUCUCAGGAUACUAGGUUCACCUGUCUGUGUUUAUGUACAUUGCUUCUCAACCUCAAAGAUGUGUAAAAUAUGACAUAGUAAUAUAUAUGUAUAUUUGGCAACGCUGUCAUGUAACUAUGAGUAAUCCGUUAUGUAUGUAUGGUGGACGAGUGUCUGCGCAUGUCAGUUGUCUCCCUUUGUCAUUCUCGGAAACUGACAUGUUGUUACCAUGGAGACAAGUCACUUUAGAAUGUAUUUUGCCAUGGCAACAGAAUACACACUGAAAUUCUCCUGUAAUUCCAGGUUUCUUUUUUGUGCCAAAGUUAGUAUAGAUUUUCAAUUCUGAUUAAAAUAACAUUUUACUUUAGGUGUUUUGGGGAGAAAUAUUGCAAAUUAUUCACAAUUAUUUCAAGUCAAACUUGAAAAUUUGUGUUAUAAUGCGUAAAACCUACAGGUAUGAAAUACCUUAUUAAUUAUGUCAUAAGUUACUGAUAGUUAAAAUAUUAAAGUUUUGUUUAAUUCUUUGCUUAGUAUCCACACGCACUAAGUUGAUUUAACCCUCACAUUUGUUGGAUUAAAGUCCUGUAUUUGGUCUGGUUCAAAGUAUCUGUAAACUCCAAUGUUACCAUUCAACCACAUUCAGAAAUAUUUGAUGCAAAAUGGUAUCGUGUUACACUGAAUUUAUCAUUCUUUCCGAAAAAAUUAAUAUUUUUAUGGAUUUUAAGUGCAUCUUUUAUGUAACUUGAAUUGCAAGUCCUGGAGUGUUGGUAGAAUGGUAACAGAUUGACUGUAGUGCUCUGUUGUUCCCUCACGGUGUCCGUCUGUCUGUGAUGUGGUGUAGCAGUGACGGACGCCGUUACUGUCCCUGUUCCCAGGUGUCUGGAUGUUGGUGGCAUAUAUUGUACUCUACAUGGAACUCAUAAUAAAUACUCAAUAUGAAAACAA